AUGGCUAUAAGCUUUAUACGCCAUCAUCUCAUUGAAGGUCUAAAAGAUCAGUACAUGACAAUUGAAAAUCUACUAGACCUUUGGAAUGCUUUACAGCAUAGAUAUGAUCACCAGAAAACGGUGUUACUCCCAAAGGCUAGAGAUGACUGGAAGAAUCUCAGAUUCUUAGAUUUUAAGUCAGUGGAUGAGUACAAUUCAGCCUUGUUCAAGACAGUCUCCAUACUAAGGCUUUGUGGUGAAGAAGUAACCGAAGAAGAGUUACUUGAAAAGACCUACACUACGUUCCAUCAAUCGAACAUGAUACUGCAACAGCAGUACAUAGUGAAAGGCUUCGCCACAUACACUGAUCUGAUCUCGUGCCUACUACUAGCCGAGGCAAAUAAUGAGCUCCUGAUGAAGAACAGUGAAGCUAGACCUGUUGGAACAGCAGCAUUGCCCGAAGCCCAUGAGGUUGAAAAGAAAGAUCCCAAAGAGUGCAACUAUGCCCAAGAUAAUAGGAAAUCACACGGCAAAGGCCGAGGUGGAUACAAGAGGUGUGGCCGUGACAACUACUCAAACGGCCGAGACAACUACUCGACCGUCCGGAAAGGAAACCACAAUAACCGUGGUCGUGGUUCCAACUAUGGCCGUGGCCGAGGCAGUUAUGGCCCAGGUCGAGGCGGCAUAUCCAAACCGUCUUACUCGACUAAGUCCAACCCAGAGGCUCACAUGGUUCAUGAUUCCGGAUAUGAUGCUGAUGAUGAUUCCGACUUUGCUAAUGAUGACCUAAUGGAUUUUGAGACUUCUGAUUGUCUCAAAGACUAG